UACUGUAGCAGUAUGGCCUCCAUUUGUGGUCGUGAGUCCUGUGUUUAGGAGGGACGUGUGUGGUUCCUCGUCGGUACUUCCGGCGUCCCAUCUUAGUAGAAAGCAAACCCAGGCGGCGCGAUGUCUCGUAGAAAUUGUAUUAGGUGACACUAAACCACGCGAAUAAGCAACCCACAUAUUACCUGCCAAAUCAUAAGCCAGUCUUUAUACAGACGUAAAUCAGUUAAAUUUGUCGAAAUGUCAAAUAGUUCAUUUGUUGCUAAGCAUCAUCAUAAAUCUCUACUGCCGGACGGUACCGGCAUCCGGGUGUCGCAUAAAGGAGCUUUUGCCUACGAACAUGUAAAUGACGAGGACCAAAUAUAUAAGGAUUAUGAAGAAGCCGCCAACAGACGUUCAAACGAUAACGAAAGUCCGAAGAAAAAGAGAAAUCUUCUGCAUUUCCGUGACAUGCCUCCUCACCUACAGUUCAAUCCGUACAUCUUUACUGGAUACCGGCCUCUACUGACUUUCUGGGGAAGCAUCAACAGCCUCUUUUAUCUUCACAAUGAAACCAUCAAUAUCCUAACACACGGUAUUCCAAUUGUAUACAUCCUGGUGACUGUACCAGGUUUAAUGCCAUGGGACCAGAUUGAAUCGCACUUCCUCCCAUGGUGUCACAUUAUUGGCGCUGUUAGUCCAUGGAUUGGCAGUUUUGUUUAUCACUUGUUUAUGAACCUGGAGCGUGGAGAGGUUGUCUACUACAAAUUACUGCAACUUGAUAUGCUUGGAAUAUGGAUCAGCCAGAGUUUUGGCGCGCUACCCAUGGUGUACGCCUCUGUGUUCUGCCUGCCCUGGGCAUGCCGUUGGCUCAUCCUCUCUUCCUAUUGCCUGCUCUCCAUAUGGGGGCUCUACAAGGCUCUCACAGCAUGGUCACCAUGGGAACGUAGGCUGUGUUUCCUCCUGCCUUUUGUGAUGCGUGCUGUACUGUGUGGUUUACGUUACUCUCCUCUUGGAGGUGGUGACCCUGCAUCAUUGGUUCAUGUUAUACUGCAGGAUGCAGUGUCUGCACUAGGUGGUGCCAUAGGUGCCAUGCACAUUCCUGAGAAGUGGUUCCCAGGCACAGUGGAUAUGUACCUCAACUCCCAUAACAUCAUGCACGUUCUGGUUGUUAUGGCUGUGUAUUCUAUGCACCAGGCCACAGUCCGGGACUUGUUGUGGAUGGCAAACGUUGACUGCAGAACAGGGCAUCAACCCAUAGACACAUUUGCUGGUUUGCAAGAUGCCACAGAGCUAUGACUUGUGAAAUUUCAGUUGCAUGUGUGCUGGUGGAUGGAGCUCAUACCGAACAGUAAUAUUAUUCUUGAUCUUCUCCAUACACUACUUUAGCGUCUACCGUCAACAACACUGAUAGUUAAAGAAAAAAUAAUAUUUAAAGUCAUCUACACUACAUACAAGACAAGAUGUGUGUAGAUGUGGCUACAAUUUAACAUUCUUCCACUUGUUUUAAUAUUAAUAUUUCACUUCAUAACUUAAAGCAUCAGUCCAUAGCAUAUUUCUACACACUCUGAACUGGUCAAUGUGCAGACACACACCACUAAUGAACAUUAUGUCACCAAGUUUCCAGUCCUCAUUCCUUAAGCCUUCUGCCAACUUAUAUGAAGGCUCACUGUCUUCCACUAUGGACCAUGUCCAAUCUCUUCUAAACUGUUGAAUCAUCUUGGCUCAGCACUUUCCACCAGUAAUUUACUGUUCAUAGAGCUUCUGAGUCAUUUCAGCCGAUCACUGGCUAACUUAUUUGCCAGAACACAAACUUUAGACUAUGAUAGUGCUACAGUAUAUAAAGAGUAGUGGCAGUUCACAGACUCAGAAUCUUAAAAUAAUCAAUAAAUUCUCUGAAAUUAUGGUAAUAUUUUACAAUUAAAAUAAGAUGAUCUUCAAAUCUACUUCAACAAGAAUUUCUAGCUAAUACAAAACACAACAAACUAACUAAAUCCAUGGGGCAGAGUUGUUCUCAAGAAAUUUAUAGUAUGUAUGUCUAGUAAAGAAAUUCUCUACCUUAUAUGGAACCCAAACGUUCAUUACCAUGUUCACAAGAGCCUACCACAGGUCCCUAUCACGAGCUAAAUAAAUCCAUCCCUAUUUCCCUAACAUCCAUUUAAUAUUGUCCCUGAUCUUCCGAGUGAUCUCUUCCUUUCAGCUUUUCCAACUGUGUACACAUUUCUUAUCUCCACCAUGCAUGCUACAUGCCCUUGAUUAAAUAAUCUUAAUAAUAUUUGGAAAGAGUUAUUACAUCAUGCAUGUAGAAAUAAACAUUAAUUACAAAAUUUAAACCAUAAUUAUUAUGGCUGUAAUGAUUAUAUACAAAUAAGUGCAUUACACAGAGAUGCUGAUAUAAUAAAUACACAGACAUCUAAAUAUUAUUAAAUUUUAUUCUCACCUUCGCUAAUAUAAUUGUAUCCAGAUAAAAACAUUAGAUAUUUUCCUGUUGAGUAGAGGACGGUAAUUGCCUUGUAAGCCGAUGCAUGCACACAGAACCAAUUUGAACACAGGCAGUUAUAGACAUUCCAUUGGUUAACUAAAUUAUAUAAACAUACUCCACAUAGGUAAACUGUCUCAUUUAGUAUUACAAUCAGUAUAACAACUAAAAAUUUUGAUUAACUUGUAAGUAUGAUUUGGACAUUAAAAUAAUAGAAUGUUCUGAUCAGUUGUUAGGUAGUUUUAUGCUAUAAUCAGUUAUGUAUUUUUUUAUGUUCUUAUUUAUGCAAAGAACAUCUUAUGGGCCUCUCCAUCCCUGUCUGUUGCAUUUUUUGCAACAAUGGAAUCCAAUGGUUUCCAUUGUUGCAGAAGCCACCUGGAACAAUAACCUACAUGAUCUGCUGUGAAGAACACCUUUGUAAUACCAGCAUACUCCAAUGAGUACAAAUCCUGUAACUCUUUUUCUGGGUGUCAGUCUGUUAAUGUCAUUGCCCUCAAGUAAAAUGAAUGUCUGAAGAGCACUGUGAUUAUACAAUUCCAGGGCAAGAACAUUCAUGUUAACUGUUAGCCCAACUAACAUGGUUAACAUAAAUGCUACACCGCUGUACACUUCAUUUGAUAAUUAUAUAAGAUUUAAAAUCAGUUUCAUUUGGAUAUGCAAUGUAAGUCUCAUGUUUUAUUUAACACAGCAGUCACAUUCACAAAUCAAUGACAGGUUGCAUUUCUUCGGUAGAUCAGAAGAUCAGGGCAAGGGGAGAAGAGGAAGAAGAAAAGGAUACACAGACAAAGUAAAAAGAAGUAGAUAUAUUAACUCCAUUUUUACUUUGAAAAAGUAGACAAUAUCUUUAUUACAGAACUAUAACUAGUCAGUUAACAUACUUACUCCUAGAUUUCAACGCUGCUAGUACCAUAUCCUGACACUGGACCCUAUCCUAAGCAAGUCCAGUUCAUUCACAUCUCCACAGAUUAUUCCUCUAUAACUAAUUUUAUAUUACCAUAUUUUCUUUAUAGUUUAAUUCUACUUAAACUAUUACAUUUAAAAUGAUCUGAAAAUGUUAUCAGUAUAAUAUACAAUAGUCUUAUAAGUUUAUAAUUUAACAAUACAGGUAGUCCUCGAUUUACGCCGGGGAUGCGUUCCUAGACGAACCGGCGUAAACGGAAUCGAAGUAAAUUGAAACUCUUUUAUAAUGUAAA